AUGUUAGCAGUUCACAUAUUGGAAUAUGUUUUGAUUUGCCCAAACAAACUGCAUUCUGUGUGCAUCGAAAAGUCUACUACAAGAUUCUGUAAAUACAUAAACCAAACACACACUUUUAGAACCUACUUCCUCAAGGGAUUAAUGAUAGGAAUUACCAUCAUUGUUAUUUUCCUUUUACUCAGUAGAGCCGAAGUUGUAACAAAAAUAAUAGUAUCUAGCAACUAUAUCUCAUCGUGUGUACUGUAUAUUACGAAAGGGAAAGAGAUACUCUGUCGAUUUCAGAUCAAAUCUCACGGUUUCUUGGAUACCUAA